AUGCAAACAAUAAGUUAUACAAUUAAAUGUUUUACAUGUGCUUCAACUGAUUAUGAACCAUUAUUUAAACGUUUUACGGCUUUCCGACACUCUUCAAGUAUUCCACGUUUCGGUGAAUUUUGCGAUAGCUUUGAACAAUUGAAAGAAUUUGCGCCAUUAACAAACUGCGCUUCAACAUGUAUUUCCAUUAUGGAACCACAAUACUUUGGAGGUGUACAAUCAGUAAAUACACCAUACACAUACAUUCGUGGUUGUACAGAGAAAAUUUUUAAUUCAAUUCAAAAUCAUCCACCCGAAGUAGACUUUCUUCAUUCCGAGGCAAUAUGUCUUAAAUUGCCAUUAUCACAAAUUUGGCCAUCAAUUCAAACCGAUGAGCAUGUACAAGUUUGUUCAUGCAAAAAUGAUGCAUGCAAUACUGCAACUGCAACUGCAAGCAGCAGUAAUUCAACCAUUGUUGUAUCGUUUAAACCAAUUUAUCCAUUUAUUCUUAUGACAAUACUGGUACCAUUAUUAAAUUUUUUAUAUAUUAAUUCACUUUCAAUUGGAUAA